AUGAGGAGUGGUUCGACUACGGCCGUUCUUGGCCGAUUGCCAGCAGCAAGAUAUUUCGCCUAUCGUAAAGUGCAACUCGACACAUCUUUAGCUCAAUCUUACAGUUUCAAGCUUCGGGGUUGUACCAAUGAGAGAACCAGGCGCUUUAUGCAGACCAACCAUUCGCACAGGGUGUUAGAUAACUCAGGACCAGAGAGAUGGAGUUUCAAAUUUAAGGCUAAUCCUGCAAAAACCGACAAUACUAAGCAAACUAGGGGCCAGAGAGAUCAGAAUGUCUCACAAGAGCUAAAAACUGGCUCUCCAAAGUGGUCCACAUACUCUAUGCCCUCCAAAGAGACACUUUUGAAGCAACCAGAGCAACCCGACCGGCAGAUCAAAGACGUUGCUGCGAAAGUUUCUUCCCAAAACGAGCCACAACGUACAGAACAAAACAAAAAACCAAAGAGAAGAUUGAGACCACGCAAAGCGCUCAUAUCUCUCACCCCCAACGCUCUACUGCAUUUGAAACUGCUGCUGAACCAGCCGCAGCCGAAAUUGAUCAGGGUAGGCGUGAAAAACCGCGGUUGCUCGGGUCUGACCUACGACUUGGAGUUUAUCACGGAGCCUGGGAAAUUUGACGAGGUAGUGGAACAAGAUGGCGUAAAGGUUGUGAUAGAUUCUAAAGCAUUAUUCAGCAUAGUGGGGAGUGAGAUGGACUGGAUCGACGAUAGAUUGUCGUCCAGGUUUGUGUUUAAGAACCCUAAUUCGAAGGGAACAUGCGGAUGUGGCGAAAGUUUUAUGGUCUAG